AUGGGCAAACCACUGAGCCGGCCAGACUGUUUACGGCAGAACCGCACUUGCCUGGGGAAGGGCGAGGAGGAGGAUGGUUAUAUAGAGGAUUGCUACGUGCCCCAGAGGUCGAUAUACGACACGAUGAGAAUUAACGAGCAAAUCGAUCAGGGAUCGAAGCUUAACCAGCUUUCUAAGAGCACCCUGGGCAAGGGGGAUGGCAGCACCAUAUCCAGCAAUGGGACUCUGGGAGCUGCCAAUGUUUUCGAGUCCAGGGCGCCGGAAACGAAGAAGUUGGAUGAGCGAGUCAUCUUCGACGCGCUGAAGCUCAGCAGUGACGUCUCCAAGCCGGCGCCGGCUCCACCAAGGAGACGACCCAACCCCGAGAGGAAGGAGAACGUCAACCGGCGGUCAUGGAAAUCCUUCAUGCCGCCCAACUUCACCGAAUUUGCCGAAAGGAUGGGGGCUUCGCUGAGCGAGGUGUCGGAAGCGGGUGCCUCCAACCCUUCCCUGCGGGAUAAGCGGGAGUCGAGCGCCAUGCUUGCUGAGCACCCGGGCCAGCCCGACCUCGGCGAACCCAUGUCCGAGUCCCUCACCUUGGAGCACAUCUCCAAGUCAUCUGGCACGGCAGAGGCUCUGACGGCCAAGCAGUUCGGUGCGGAUGGCUACGGCGGGGCCCCGGGUGAGCGCCAGAAUUUGCUGAACGCCGGUGAUGGCCGCGGUCGCGUUGGGGACCUGGCCAGAGCUCGACGGCUUCCCAGUGCCACCUGGCCACGAGCCAGGAAGAAUUUCAUCAAGGGGAGCCUGAGCGAUGGGCACCAGGAGACCCUGGAAGCCUCCGGGUCAGACUGUACGGUGGAGAACGUCAACCUCUCUCCAUGCCUUAGCGAAGAGCUGCUGGAUGCGGGGCUGGAUGUGCUCAUCGCCUCCAAUCUCAGGGAGAAAACGGAAUCUGAGCUGAGAUUUGAGGAGGACGAGCGCUGGGUGAUGAUGGAGGAGUGGGAGGAGGCGACGCUGUCAGAGCGAGGAAAGGCUGUUCUGGUGGCAGAGGAGAAGAAGAGCUGUUGCUUGGCAGAUAUUUCUGAAGAAAGGGAACAAUUUGCUGCUCCGGCAGACAGCUCUGUCCCCAACCUGGGGACCUCCCAGUCCUGUGUGUCCCCGGGGGGUGCCAGCAGCCCCCUCGCCGGCACCACGUGCUGUACCGAGGACGCCGCGGUGCAGUGCGAGGCUAAAGACUUUGCUCCGGGUUCGGAGCGCUCAGCCAGCCCCGCAGCCCCCGAAUUGUCCGACACGGACUCGGUGCAGAUGUUCCUGGAGCUGGAGGAGCAGUGCCUGAACGAGGAUGAUGGGGCUGGCCCGGGCUGCUUGGGGGUUCAGGUCUCCCCGAUGGACUCGGAGGGGCUGGACCCAGAUUCGGCCAAAGUGGCCGGGGUGGUGGGGGUCGAGGUGUGUCACCAUACAGCUCCUUUGGAUGUCAGCGCUUCGGACUCUGCCGUCGUGUCGGAUCUGGAGGACUUUGAUGUCACCUGCAGCUCGCAGGUGCUGAGCGCGCUGGAGCCGGUGACGGAGCCCUUCUCAGAAAGGGACACCUCGGCUGUCACCCCCACGGACUCGGACGGAGGGACGUCCCCCAGCCCCAUGGCCAUGGUGGGGCCGGGCUCCCUCCAGCAGUGCUCUCCAGCACUGGAGGAUGCGCCCAGCCCACUGGUGGACCCAGAGCCCGCGGAGGGUUGUGUGGUGGCACUGCUGGUGGCUGGGGGGAUGCCACCUCCUGAGACGGGCACACGUCCAGCCUCUGGCUUGGAGGGAGCUGGUUACCCCAGCGCUCCGGUGGGUUGGGGUGAGGAUCACACCAAGAAUCGCUGGUCCCUGAUGGUGAAGUGUCCCAGCUUCCCGAGGAGACCUGUCCUGGGCUAG